GGCAGCCCAUGAGCCCCGCAGGCUGAGCCGCAGCCCGCUCGCCCGGCGGCAGCAGCAGCGGGAGGAGGAGGAAGGUCGGACACCCCUGCGGAGACACGCUCGCCGAGGAGGAGGAGGAGGAAGGGGAGCCGCGGGGCCGGCGCCCCCCGGGCCGGUGCGUGGCGGCGGGAUGUCACGGGCGGUGAUUCCGCGGUGCUGAGCGCGGCCCCGCUGCGGGAGCGGGACCCCCGGUUAGUCCAUGCGGCUCCGGCUAUUUCUAAGGAAAGAGCAUAAUAAUAAUAAUAGUAAUCCCCAAAGCAUCGCUGGCGGAGGAGCCUCCAAAAAUCGGAGCUUUGGCUACUUUGUGCAUUUUCCACCCGUCGUUUCUUUCGGGUUUAUUAUUGUAAUUUUUGUGCGAAAGGAAGUUAUGAACAACUGCAAGUCAGGAAGUGGAAAUCCACACCGGUUGUGACAAGCCGGGGCUAAAAACUAUUUCAUUAUUUAUAUAGAUGUGUCUAUCAACAUUCUGCUUUUCAUCCAAAGAAUAAAGGGAAAUACCGGCUAGUUCUAUGUUUGACGGUGAAUGACAGACCGCAUCUGAGGAAAGGAAGGACUAAAUAUAUCAGCUAAGAACACCACCGUUAUUUAUUGAACUCAAGAGCCCUUUUUUUUUUUAACCCAAAGACUGUUUGAGUGAUAUAUUUAAUGGGUCAUUAAAAGGGGAAAACAAUUUUAAAGGCCCUUUUUGCUUCUGAAGUGCAGCUAGCCUCAAAAAUAGGAGCAGUACUUGUAAGACAGAUACUCAAAUUAAGGCUUUACGUGAUGAAUUUUCUAUCCUAUGGAUAUCAGUUUUGAGAUUACAAACCAAGAAGAUCUGUAAUUGAUCUAGCAUCAGAUAAUUUCAAUGCCUAAUAUUCCCCAGGAUUGCUGGAGUACCCUAGGAGCUGCGUCGGACUGUACUCGGGGUAUGCCAUGGGCUGUAUUCAGAGUAUUAGCUGCAAAUCCAAAGUUUUCCGGGAAAGUAUUUCAGUGAUUGAAGUCAAAGCCUCCAUCGAUCCCAUUCCCACCAGCAUCGACGAGUCCUCCAGCGUGGUCCUGCGCUACCGGACCCCUCACUUCCGAGCCUCUGCACAAGUGUUGGUGCCCCCUAUUCCCAAGAAGGAGACCUGGAUCGUGGGCUGGAUCCAGGCUUGUAGCCACAUGGAAUUUUACAAUCACUACGGGGAGCAGGGAAUGUCAAGUUGGGAGCUUCCGGAUCUACUGGACGGUAAAAUCCAGGCCAUCAGUGACUCGGAUGGAGUGAACUAUCCCUGGUAUGGGAACACGACAGAAACCUGCACCAUCGUGGGUCCCACAAAGAAGGAGUCCAAGUUCAACAUCAGCAUGAAUGACAACUUCUACCCGAGCGUGACGUGGGCAGUGCCUGUGAGCGAGAGCAACGUGGCCAAACUCACAAGCAUUCACCGGGAUCAAAGCUUCACCACUUGGCUGGUUGCAACCAACACGGCUACCAAUGAGAUGGUGACCUUGCAGACUAUCAAAUGGCGCAUGAGGCUGGGCAUCGACGUGAACCCCAGCAGACCCUUGGGGCAGCGUGCCAAGCUGCAGGAGCCCUCUGCUCAAGAGCAGCCCCAGGUCCUUAGCAAGAAUGAGCCAAUACCACCCAGUGCCCUUGUCAAACCCAAUGCCAAUGAUGCUCAGGUACUCAUGUGGAGGCCAAAGGAUGGACAGCCGCUCGUGGUGAUACCUCCCAAACAUCGGUAAUACAAACCUGGCGUCCUGGCACCAAAAGGGAGAAAAAGAGAAACAAACCAACAAACCCGAAGCAAAACAAUCACGUAGGUAUUAGAAUACACACGUAGAAUCUGAGCAAAAUCAAAAAAUGCACUUUUUAUUCAUUCAACAAAUGCAACCAUUCUACCUUCUCCCAUUGGGACGGAUUUCACUGUGCUAAAGCUAAAGAGGAGACCUUUGACUGGGGUCUGUCUCAUCACUGGAUUCCUAAGGGAAGAAACUAACACUGAUGUCUACCCCUAGAGCUCUUUUUUUUCUUCCCUAUUUUAGUUACUGUUUGAACUUCAGUCUCAUUAGCUUGUCCAGACUGCCCAGAACAAUAAGAACAUUUUAUUUGGGAUUUUAAAAGGUUUUUUUUUUUCCUUUUUUUUUUUUUUUUCCAUUUUGGUUGAGAACAAAAUAAGUUCCUGGAGCAAAAAGUUGACUAUUUAAGAUAAGGAUUAUUAUUAUUUUUUUUAAGCUGUCAGGUUCUGAGUUGCAAAUCCAAGUCAUGCGGCCUUAUGUAGACUUUGCUUUGCAUUGCCAAACUUUUGCCUUAAAGCUAUGUUUGAAAAAGAACAAACCAACAAAACCACCACCAGGCAGAAUGUCCUUUCUACAGAAUUUCUGGGAGAAAGUUUUGGAACAAGGAAUAGAUUUGUCAAUGUGUCACGGGCUGAUGGAUGGAAAAAAAAGGGCCUGAAAUUGGAAGAAGCACGAUAAAAAGAAAAAUCUUCCUGGUUUUACAACCCGGAUCAAGGAAGCUUGGAAAUAAUCUCAGUUUCAAAGCAAUGCAAAUACCAAACCUGCUGUAGGAUGUCUGUCGAGUGGGAGCUACUGGGCCAUGUCCCUGCUUCAGAGAAGAGGUAGCAAGAAGCUUGCACUGCUUAGUGCUUGGUGAUCUCAGUCUCCUAUUAGCAUCAUAAUAUGGGACAAUCUCACAGUUGGAAUUGUGGCCCUGCGAGUCAACAUACAUCAAGAGGGGAGGAUGUCCCACUGGGUUUGUCUUUAAGACAUGCAGAUGUUUGCCAGCUAGUGCACAAUCUCACCAGCUUGUGGUGUAAGAGCCAACGGCUCAUGCACUGGCUGUUGGUGGGUGAAGCUGUUGCCCAGUUUUCCCAUGAAAUCCAAAUGACAGUGCUGUAAGAAGAGCAGGAUAUAAAAAGGAUCCUUCUGAAGCAAUUGGAGAUGCAUGGGUGUAAGCGAGGGCAGAUCUUAUCUACCAAGUCUACCCAGCAAUAUCCAUAAUUCAGGAGCAGCCACAUCUGAAAAUAACAGGCACCCAUUCCAAGCAAGCAUGAGAAGCAAAAGCUAUGAAAAACUCUUCUUCCCAUGACAACAAAUCACACUGGGGUUAGAGAAUCUUCUUCCAAAUGACCUCACGAUCCACGCACCCAUCAGGAAUGGGGUACGGACAGGACCUUGAUACUGUACCUGUCUGGUUACUGCACAAACAUCUAUGUAGCAAAGGGUAACGCGUGAGAAGGUGCAAGCAGGGCAGCACUGAGUCUUGAGUCUAGAUCCUCCAGUAAGGAAGGUGCAUUGGAGCAGGAGGUGGAACCUGUAGGUUUCAGUAAGGCUUCAGAGGUUACCAGAUGCACUUCUGCAGAGGAAGGCGGCGUGGAGGAGCCAUUGGAAUGCGAAGGGCAUAGUUUGCAGGCAGAGGAAGUUCUGCAGUAGAGGUGGCAUCUGGAGUACUGGGCACAGGACAGGAAGAGGAGGAUCUGCUCUCUUGCUCCAGCACACAGCCUGAGGCAGAUCACUUCCCCUUCCCUCUGCAGCUCCUUCCCCUAGAAAACAUUUCUUCCUCUUAUUAACAAUUUGCCUCGAGAGCAAGGACUGAAGAGAGCUCAGCGUGCCAAAUACAAGCCUGGCCCUGCUGAGCUGGUCUGAACAGGUCUCACAACCACACACACGCUGCUCUAAAGGCUCUCCCCUCGGAGAGGCACCGAUUCGCUGCUAUUGCCAUCUUCAUCUCCCACACAGGACAUUACCAGCAAGAAAUUCUCCUUCCUUCUCCAAAGCCACAUCAUCGACUUCAGCACCAGGUUCAACAUCACCACCUGCCUGGGGAAAGCAGGUCAAGAAGAUAUGUCCCCCCACCAUGACAAUCUCAAACCAGCAAACAAGGAUCCUGGGUCCCUGCAAUCCCCGUACCCCCAUUUCCCGGGAAGACCACCCUCCUCCAUGUGCUGGUGUUCAGAGAUGCUCGGUCACGGAGCUGCUCUCUCCAUCGGGCGGAUCCCUGAGGAAGGAAGUCCAGCAUUACAAGCAGCUUGCAGACAAGUGGACUGGAUCAAACCCAAAUCCAUGAGCCAAAGUUUGCCUAAAUCUAGGCUUUGGGACUAUACAGGAUGAAGCUAGGGAGACUUUGACUUGCACAGUCACUCUGUAUUAAACUCCAUUUUCUUACACAGAUUCAAAUCCUAACUAUAGCUCUACUGGCAGAGCCCUUUGGGACUUGUAUUUUCUCCUAGGCAAUACAUGCAGAAGAGGACAAAAUGUGAGCUGUGGGUGAAGAGCUGAUAACACUUGCUCGCAUCUCGGCUACCGCUUAGAUGCACUCCCAGGCAGUCCUGUUGGGAUGAGCAGAAGGGGUAUUUAUGCCUGGUACUCACUUUGUCUCCAGGUGCUGAGUACUUACAGUUCUCACUGAUGUCAGCAUGGGUCGAAGAAAUCGGACCCAGUUGUCUUAAUUAGCUGCACGAAGGAAUUCCAAGGAAAGAUUUCUUCUCAGUCACCAAAAACCACAUUCAGGGAACACCUACGUCCUUUUCCACUUAGCUAUGUGUCGGACUUAGUCUCCCAGUGCAUUAAAUCUCGUUCCCCCUACUUCCCUCUACCUGGUAGACUGGAUGCAUCCAUGCAAUUUGAUAGUAACCUCCUGGCUAAUUUGUCCCGUUGCACUGAACAGACCCAGCUAAGCAGUAAAUACGAAUUUCAAAGUUCACGUUGGGGUCGGCUUUGCAUGGACUUCUCCCUUCCCAAAGAAUGCCUUUAUCCCGUGCCUAGGUUGAAAUGUGCCCCUCCACCUCCAUCACCAGACAUGGCGUAGAAAAGUGAUGCUGCCUCUUUUGAGAUUUCAUGCGUUGUGAUUAAAAGUGAUGUUUUUCCAAUGCUGCUUCAUUACAAACCUGACUGGGACAUAUUGAAUAGAGAAGAAGUGGUGGCUGGAAGUUACAGGUGCUAUAGACAUCGCUCUUGAUACGGCUGGUUAAUGGCCAUGUGGUUAGAAUGGGGAUUCACAGGGUCCCAGUGGGGACUUAAAUGUCUGGGGGCCCGGGGCAUCCUGCACUGAGUAGGGUGGUAAAUAAGAGGUAAAUAAAGCUCCUUCUCUGGCAGCUUUUUGCAGAACCAGGAAGGCACAAAGGAUACGCGGGUAGGGCGAUGGGGCACCAACAUGGGAUACUGAUGUACGGGAGCUUGUCUCUGCCUCACCUCUCCCAUCAGUGAUGCUCAGCUCUUUAUAGCCUGACCAUCCCAGUCAGAAUCCCAUGGUGGUCCAGGGUGGGAAGCAGCAGGGUGAGCCCUGGCCAAGACCCUCCUCUGCACCCUCCCCUUAGCCACACAGCGUCACGGGCCAUACAGUUCUCCUUUCCUACCCUUGACACCGAGAUGAGCGUGGCAAGAGCGGGGCAGCCCCUUGGAGAGUCGAUAGAGAUGUGAAGCAGUGUUUCGGGGGGGUAUAGACCUGUUGAGCCGGCGCAGCAGUGAGCAAGGCUGGGUCCAGCGGCAGGGGGUAAGGCGAGGGCUGCCCGAGCCCCGGCGCCUGGCGCAGCAAUAAGAAUCGUCCUUGGUCUUGUAGAGAUACUGUGAAAACAAACCCAAGAUGUACCGAGUCUGGACACUUACAGAGAUGUAAAAAAAAAAAACCAACAAAACCCUGCUUUUAUAACAGAGAAAUAAAGUGAAGUUUUCAAACG